AUGGCAGUGGAAAGUGGGGCAAUGAUCGUUCUUCUCUCUCCCCCAAGUCCUAAGCCAGUGCCUCCAGAGGGAGCCAAGACCAACCCUUCCAAAAGGCACCGGGACCGACUGAAUCAAGAGCUGAGCCGACUCACCAACCUGCUACCCUUCCCUGAGGACGUGCGUGCACGGCUGGACAAGCUCUCCGUCCUCAGGCUGAUCGUGGGCUACCUGAAGGUGAAGGGCUACUUUGCAGGUAAUGUUCCUGGGCAUGGUGGCUGCUCAGCUGACUCACCCAUGAACCCAGGAAGCAGUGAACAGACCUUUCCCAAAAUCAGUGUAGAUCUGUUUUCUGAAGGGGACUUGCUGCUUCAGGCCCUCAAUGGCUUCCUCAUGGCAGUCACAGAGGAUGGCUACAUCUUUUACGUCUCUCCCACAGUCCAGGACUAUCUGGGAUUUCAUCAGUCAGAUGUCAUCUAUCAGAGUGUGUUCGAACUGAUCCACAAGGAGGACAGGGUCAUGUUCCAGAGCCAGUUACGCUGGCCUCCAGACACAGCGCCAGUCACACUGCCUGGAGAAAGUUUCCUCCCACUUAGUGGCACCCCUCCUGCCAGCCUGCAGCAUCUGCCCUUGGAAGACCCUUCCUACCUGGAGAGAAGCUUUGUCUGUCGGUUCCGCUGCCUGCUGGACAAUUCUUCUGGGUUUCUGGAAUUGAAUUUCCAGGGCCAUCUCAAAUUCCUCCCUGGGCAGAACACUAAGUCAGAAGACAGCACCUUCUUGUCUCCUCAGCUAACCCUGCUGGCCACUGCAACACCUCGUCAGCCUCUCACCAUCCUAGAGCUCCAAAACAAAACAUUUCUUUUCCAAACAAAACACAAACUGGAUUUCACACCUAUAGCCUGUGAUUCCAGAGGGAAGGUGAUUCUGGGCUACACCGACAGCGAGCUCUGCAGGAGGGGAUCCGGCUACCAGUUCAUCCACGCGGCAGACAUGAUGUACUGCGCCGAGAACCACGUGCGGAUGAUGAGGACGGGCGAGAGCGGGCUCACGGUGUUCCGGCUGCUCACCAAGCAGGCCGGCUGGCUGUGGGUGCAGUCCAACGCGCGCCUGGUGUUCCGCGGCGGCCGGCCCGCGUGCAUCGUCGCCAGACAGAGGGCCCUCACGAAUGUGGAGGGUGAGGAGCACCUGCGCAAGCGGGACCUGCAGCUGCCGUUCACUUUCACUACCGGGGAGGCCAUCCUGUAUGAGAGCAGCCUCCCGAGCGCCCUGACUGCGCUCCCGGCCAGGAAGAGGACCAGGGCUAGGAAGGCUCUUCCAGCUGGCCAGGACCCUUCAUGCCCAGGCUCUCUCUUUGGAGCCAUGGUGCAGCAAGAUGAAUCCAUGUACUUGUCCUGCAUUAGCCCCACCCUCCAGGUCUCACUCUUGGAGAGGCAGGGGUCUGACAACAGAUGUAAGGACAGGGAAAGGAAAGAGGAGGAGGAAGGCAGCUCCCUCCUGGCCCUCAUUGAGACCCUGCUGGAGAAGGACAAGGAAGAACAGCCCAACCUUUGUUCCACCCUCCAGCACCUGGGUGUCACCAAUCUCAGCCAGCAUCUGUGCGAAGAGAAGCUUCAAGGAGCUGACUUGGGCCCUGCAGGACCUCAGAGCUGCCACCUGCCACCACCCAGCCGAGGAAGAGGACUCCACAGGGAGAAGAAGACCCACUCUUAUGACAGUGGGAACGUGGACUUGUCCCCACCAGCCAGAAUGACUUCUCUGCAGACCCUGAAGCCACCAUCUUCUCAGGCCUCAGGCCAGCUAGCCACGGAAGCAGCUCCACCUCCAAACAUGGUCUUGGGGCCCAGCUACCCUCAAGCACAUCCCUGGCAUUGUCUCAUCACUGGCCCCUCUAUCCCUGGCUCCACACUCCAGAACCUCCUCCGAGGCCCCCGACAGUGGUGGCCUCAGCACAGCCAGGCGGUGCCUUUGAACUUUGAGAUGUGCCAGAAGCCAGCCUUUGACCUCAGCGCACUGCCCCCAGCCUCCAGCCCAAGCCACCCUGCUCAGGGUUUUCAGCCAAGCCACACACCUUUUCUCUCUGUAGGAGAAAAUGUUCCUGGACACCUGGCUCCACCAGGCCCUGGUGUUCUGGAUUUUUGCAAAGAAUCUAUGCUCUGGACCUCCACACACAGUGGUCAGGAUCAGGGGUCCUUGAUCCCCUCAGAUCCUGCUUUCUGUGUCAACCCAUGUGGUACCCACCAUUUAGGCAGCAUUUGGGAUUCCCCCAUCCAGGGCCACUCACUUGCAGUCCCCAUGGAGGUGGCGGCAGGGCAGAAAGUAGGGCAGGCCCAGCCUGACCCCUUCAGCCGCCCGUGGGUGGUUGACCACUGCCUUCCAUGGACAGGGCCGCCCAGUCCCAGCUUGUGCAGGGGUCAGCCCCCAUCUGUGCAGGGGGCACCUGGGACACCAGAGGAAACAUCUGGAGUUGGAGAGCAUCCACCCCACUCUCUGGGGCCAGGCCAGCUUUCCAGGAGUCCAGCCUGUCCUUCCCAAGUACUUCUGCAUAGACCCUCGGCCAUGCGGGGCUCUUACACUGCAGACCCCGACCGGGCCACCAAGCAGCUGCAGUGGGUGCAGGUGGGGCUGCAAAGCAAGGAGCACUGCGAGCCAGUGAGAGAAGGGGCACCAAGUGUCUAUCACCAGGCUGGCCACCCGAGAGACACCAUUCCCCAGGCUCCUCAGCAGAACCCCUUCCCAUCCCCUGACUCUACCAGCACUCCCCACAUGCAGGUGGCAACCGCUACAGCAGCCCAGCAGAGCUCAUGAGACAGGCCAAAGAUAGACCACAGGUGCCACCUUGCCUGGCCCAGCCUAUCUGCCCC